CUAACAAAAUAAAUAAUUCAACUCUCUCUUUAUAUAAAUUUUCUCAUGAUCCAAACCAGAAGCAAUCGAUUAAUGCAACACAUACAGAGGCGAGAUGCUGGGAGAGGAAAUCAAGAGCUUCAUCAAGGUAUGGUUAAUCGUCCUAUCAUCCCUCUGUUAUUGCCAUUUCAUUGCCAAAACCGUUCCCAAAGGUACCAAAAGACUCAGUUUUCUCCUCCCCGUCGUCUGCCUUUUUCUCCUUCUCCCUCUUAAACUAAACUCGCCGCAUCUCGGCGGUCUCACCGCCUUCUUCAUCGCUUGGCUCGCCAACUUCAAGCUCUUAUUAUUCGCCUUCGACCGAGAUCCUUUAAACACCCAUCUUUCUCUCCCACUUUUUGUAACCCUAGCUUGUUUACCAGUUAAGAUCCAACAAAACCCAUCAUCAAUACCAGAACUAAACAAAGGAAUCUCGUCGUCUUCAAGUGUUAAUUAUGCUGUAAAGGGUUUGCUUCUCGGGAUUAUAUUGCGGGCCUAUGACUACGUUGAGUACAUGCAUCCUGGUUUUAUCAAGCUGCUUUACUCUUUGCAUAUAUAUUUCUUUCUGGAGAUCGUUUUGGCCAUCGGAGCCGCCGUGGUUCAAUCGUUUUCCGGGCUGGAGCUCGAGCCGCAGUUUAAUGAACCGUUUCUUUCUACCUCGUUACAAGACUUUUGGGGCAAAAGGUGGAACUUGAUGGUGAGUAGCAUCCUACGCCCGACCGUAUACGAACCCACUCUGAGAUUUUCGUCCGCCGUGAUCGGGAGAAAAUGGGCUCCUUUGCCGUCGGUGUUCUUGACGUUUGUUGUGUCGGGGGUGAUGCACGAGCUGAUGUUUUACUAUCUGGGGCGCGUGAGUCCCACCGGGGAGGUGACGUGGUUUUUUCUGAUCCACGGGGUUUGUUUGACGGUGGAGAUCGGGUUGAAGAAGGCGUUAAGAGGGUGGUGGCGGCCGCCGUGGGUGGUUACCGGACCGUUGACGGUUGGGUUCGUGUUGGGGACGGGGUUUUGGUUGAUCAUUCCACAGUUCACGCGGUCUAAGGUGGAUGCUAGAUCGUUUGAAGAGUACGCUGAACUGGGUGCGUUGUUGAGGAGUUGUAGUGAAAGAGUGCUUAGGGUUUUGUGGGCAAAGUAAACGGUUGGGAUCUUGUCAGCUUGAUCUGGAUGGACGGUUCUGAUUAGGGAAAUGUUUUGAUUUUGUUGUUUAACAAUUUAAGAAAGAAAAGUACGAAAAAAAGAGAAGAAAGGGUGGUAUUGGACCGACCACAUUUCGUGGUU